UCUCCCCGCCCCCGGAGCCUCGCCCUCCUGGCCCGCCCCGAGCGCGGGGAGAUCACCUCCGCCCGUCACCUCCUCCCCCAGUCGCCCAGGUCCACCCAGGGCCCCUUCCCCCCGGCCGCCCCCGAGCACGAAGUUGGCGGGAGCCUAUAAAUACCAGCGACGGCGCGACCCGCGGACAUACGGUGCAGGCGCUCCAGCAGCCGCCGCUAGACCGGCGCCAACUCCUGCCCUGCCCCUACCAGCGGCACGACCAUGUCCCAUCACUGGGGAUACGACAAGCACAACGGACCUGAGCACUGGCAUAAGGACUUCCCCAUCGCCAAGGGAGAUCGCCAGUCCCCUGUUGACAUCAACACCAGCACAGCUGUUCACGACCCUGCCCUGAAGCCUCUGUCCCUUUGCUAUGAGCAAGCGACUUCUCAGAGAAUUGUCAACAACGGCCACUCUUUCAACGUGGAGUUUGAUAGCUCCCAGGACAAAGGCGUGCUGGAAGGUGGACCUCUUGCUGGCACUUACAGAUUGAUUCAGUUUCACUUUCACUGGGGUUCAUCUGAUGGGCAAGGUUCUGAGCAUACUGUGGAUAAAAAGAAAUAUGCUGCAGAGCUACACUUGGUUCAUUGGAACACCAAAUACAAGGACUUUGGAGAAGCUGCACAACAGCCUGAUGGACUGGCUGUUUUGGGUGUUUUUUUGAAGAUUGGCAAUGCUCAGCCAGGCCUCCAGAAAAUCGUUGAUGUUCUGGAUUCCAUUAAAACAAAGGGUAAGAGUGUGGAAUUCACUGGCUUUGACCCUCGUGACCUCCUCCCCGGAAGCUUGGACUACUGGACCUACCCAGGGUCCCUGACCACCCCCCCUCUCCUGGAAAGUGUGACGUGGAUUGUGCUCAGAGAACCCAUCUCUGUUAGCAGUGGGCAGAUGAUGAAAUUCCGCACCCUGAACUUCAACAAGGAGGGUGAACCUGAACACCCGAUGGUGGACAACUGGCGCCCAACUCAGCCACUGAAAAAUAGACAAAUCAGAGCUUCCUUCCAAUAAGAUGGUCCUAGAGACAGCGUCCAGCGAAGAAUCUUUGGCUUUCCCUUAGCACAAAUCCACCUUGGUGAACUGGUCUCUGGCUGCCAUGCAUCUGGUUUUCUAGAUCCUUCAUCUCUCACCUGACAUGCUUACUACUGAAAUGUGAAAACCUAGACCAAUUGUUAUGCUUGGCAGAAUUGCUGUGAUUUGUGCUUUGCUUAUGGUAGUAGCUUUUCUCUAAUGGAGAAUAUAAUAUAUGGAGUAGGAGAGAAGUACCUUGAUGUUGUUCAUAGCACGUGGGAUAAUGAGCACUCACAAUUGUUCACUGAAAUGCCAUUUUUAAACAGUGAGAAAGUAGGAUGAGUACAAAUCUAUAUAAUGAGAUAAACUGAGCUGUGUAAUAUAAAUCAGGUAAAGUCAUCAUGAUCCUAUGUAAUGUAUAUCAGAGAAAAUAAAUGUUUGUGAUUCCCAGAUGAUAUAUUAAAGAAAAAACUUUAAUUCUUAUAUAUUUGUAGCAAUGUUAUCUUACAUCUGAAUUAUGUCAUAAUUUAGUGACUUUUGAACUCUGGAGAUAUAAAUGAAGUAUUAUCUGUAAAAAUUGUUAUAGUUGUGAUACAGAGUAUAUUUACAUUCAAAUAAUAUAUCAUAACUUAAUAAAUAUUGUAUUUUAGAUACAUUCUCUAAUAAAAUCCAGAAUUCUA